AUGUCGGAUCCUAAACGUUUUAUCUCAACUGUAAACAUUUUCUUGGCCGUUUUGUCAGUUCCCGUGCAGUGUGCGUCCUACUGCUAUUAUUACUACAGUUACUACUACUAUACAUUACGACAGUAUUGUGACUACUACUAUGACUCUUACUACUAUUACUACUAUAGCGACUACUAUACUAGCUACAGUUCCAGUGCCUUAACAAUUGCUGGAGCGGUGAUUGGGUCAAUUGUUGGGUUAGUUAUUUUCAUCAGCAUUGUAUGCAUUUGCGUCCAGAAAGUUUGCAACAAACCUAGCCAUCGUCAAAUAGCAGUACAACCGUCACAAAUGCCUGUGUCGUACAUCAAUCCAAAUCAUUAUGGAUAUUUUCCACAACCAGCUUAUCCGGCACCAGCUUAUCCCAGCUCGCAAGUUGUUUCAAAUACCGAAUAACUUCUCACCUACUGAUGGUAGAUUUGAAACACAAUGUGUGAACUCACAGAAUAGAAAAUAUAUCAAGGUGUUGUGUCGGCCAAAUUCUGAUUUUAACCUGUAACUUUUGUGCUUUCUAUCCAAAAUGAGUAAUUUUGUGACGUUUCAGCAUAUUGUGGACGAGCAAAUUACUUUUGUUCAACGUGUGUUUAUAAAAUCAAAUUAAAGAGAUAUAUAAGUUUUUCCGAAAAUAUAUUUUAUAGCAUAAAUGGUUUA